CACACUCGGCGCGAUUUCGGGGAGCGUGGCAGGGCAGCCUCCAUCGCGGGACGCGCGCAUCCGUGCGGCAAACUCCCACGCCAUCAAGCGGACACACGCUGUAAGCCUUGUCCGACGACAGCUGUGAGCAGCCCAACAAAUCGAACACCCCAACACCCACCCAACCAUGGGCAAGUACACGGCCAGCGACGGCAAGGAAUUUGAGACCAAACGAGAAUGGCGCAAGUACGAGUUCGAGCUCUCCUUCACCUUCAAGAACAAGAAGAAUGAGCAGCUGAGUAAAGAGGCCGGCAAGAUCGAGGGGCAGCCCUUCGACAUCGCGGAGUGCGAGGGCUGCGAGAUCGUGAUCACGGAUCAUUGUGAUCAGGUGCAGAUCGACCAGCUGAAGACGUGCCGCGUGUUUCUGGGAGCGUCGUCGGAGAGCGUGUUUGUUCGUGAUUGCUCCGAUUGCACGUUUUAUCUCGCGUGCAAGCAAUUAAGGACCAGGGACUGCCACAACUGUACCUUCUAUUUGUACGCGAAGACGGAGCCCAUCAUCGAGUUGAGUGAUGGGAUUUGUUUUGCGCCGUUCCUGGGAGGCUACCCGGAGCAAGCGCAACAUAUGAAAAGUGCCAACCUCGACCCGUCCUACAACCUGUGGUGGGGCGUGUUUGAUUUCAACGACGAGUUCAAGACCUUAAAUCAUUGGAAAUAUCUGGACGAGAGCGAGCGGAAGCCGUGGUUUCCCCGGGGCGGUACGGAUCAGAUCUGCGCGUGUCCGCCGCCCGGCGACGCCGCGGCCUUGCCUUCACAAACCGGCGGCAACUUCGGCAGUUCCGGAGGCAUGAUGAGCUUCGGGUUCAACACGUCGCUCGAACAGGCCGAGCAGGCCCACCUCGAGAUGGAGGCCACGACGGCGCCUCCACCAUUACCGCCCGGCGCGCCGGCGACGGCCGUCGCGCCGCCCGUGGCCGUGCCCGCGCCGGCGCCCGCGGCCGCCGCGCCGAAAAAACAGCAAUCCUUCAAGGCCCUCGACCGGGUCGACGCGAGGUUCCAGGGCGAUGUGACGUGGUAUCCCGGCACCAUCGCGACGGCGCUGCCGGGAGACAAAUACGACAUCGCCUAUGUCCGAGCCUGUGUAGAAAAUCAACCUCCACGCCAUCAUCGCGUCGACGGCGUGGGGGGUCUGAAAUUUGAUUUCCACACAGGACGACGGCGACCGCGAGUACGCCGUCCCUGCGGCGCUGAUCCGCAAGGCGACCGUCGCGCCCGUCGACAUCACCUCCCUCGCCGUCGGCGAGGCCGCGGCGGCACCCGCGCCGGCCGCGCCGGCGCCGGCGCCCGCGGCGAAGAAGCCGUCGAGCCUGCUGGCCGCGGCGCGAAACCUGGCCGCACCGCCGCCGCCGCCUUCUGGUUAACCCUUCACGGAGCACUAACAACAAGGUUACAAUAAUGA